AUGCCGACGCUCUAUAACCGCCUGAACAUCCUGAAGCGUUCGAAACGUGAAGUUCGCGUGCAGGCUUUGCUACGGACGAUCCCGUACGCGAGUUCGGACGAGACGGAUGCGAUGAUUUCCGAACUCAUCGAAAUCGCCGCUUCGGCCCAAAAACCGUUGCUCCUCAUGCCCGUGUUCCGGCUGUGGGAGCACGCCAGCCCGGCCGCGCGGUCCGCCGUGCUCGGCGCGGUCCGCGAUUGCAUGCCCGAGGUGAUCGAGGCCCUCCGCGCCUCGGAUGACCCGAAAGACGCCCGGGCGCUCGAGCACGUGCUCCUGCAGUCCUCGACCGGGGCGGCCGAUACCCCGAGCAUCGACACCAAAGACCCAACCCUGCGCGAGGCGAUGGACGCGUCGCUCGCCGCCGCCGCGGCCAAGCUCCCCAGCGAGCAGACGGAGGAGCUGAUCCGCCGCAUUCUGGAGAACGCGGCGCACCCCGGGGCCAGGCUCCGGGCCUGGCUGUCGGACGACGACCAGCCCGGGCACAUGACCCUGCGGACGGCGGCGCGGAAACGGCCCGCCUCGUGGCUCAACGAGCAGGCGGUGACGCUCCUGGGGAUCCCGGCGCUGGCGGGUGUGGCGUCGAGCCAUAUAGCCCACGCGGGGGACGGUGACGCGCGGGCGAGCUGGCUCGCGCAGUGGCACCUACUCAUGGCCCGCGGCCGCCGUCGCGCCCUGCUCCGCCAGGCGGACGAUCGGACGCUGCUGGAGCUCGCGCUCACGCCGACCAACGACGAGCUCUCCCGCCGGGGCGGGGCGAUCUGGCUGACCUCUCUCGUGCGCAACCCGGCGCGGUCGACGCCCGCGCUCUCGUCCUGCUUCACGGACCCGUCCGCGACGGUGCGCCAUGUGGCGGCCCGCGGGCUCCGGCGCGUCCCGCAGAGCGCGGACGUGGACAGCGCCCUGCUCGAUUUCGCGUUCGACCCGGACGCGCGCGUCGCCGAGACGGCCGUGAGCGGGUUCACCGAGGCGCGGAGCUACUCGCGGGACGAGCACCUGCGCGAUUCGUACCGCGCCCUGGCCCGCUCGCCGCACGCGCGGGUGCGGCGCAUCGCGACGGCGGCGCUGCGCCGCUCGGACGCGGAAGCCGAGCUGCUCACGGGCGACCGGCUGGGGUGCCCGAUCGCGGCUCGCCGGUUCCUCGCGCGUGACCGCGCGGGGUUCGUGACGUGGCUCAAGAAAACCGGGACCGAGACGGAUGCCGAGACGCGCCUGCGCGCCUUCGCGCUCGCGGACCGCCUGUGCCUCCUCGACGAGCUGGAGGGCGAGAUCAUCCGCGCGAUCCGCUCGGACGACGAGUACCUCGUCUCGAAGGCGGCGCUGCUCAUCGGCAAGCUCAAGGGCCCGGGGCCGGACGCGGCGCUUCGGUUCACCCUCUCGCACGGGUCGGACCGCGUCCGGGCCAACGCGGUCGAGGCGUUCACACGCCACACCGAUCGCGAGGAGGAGAUCGCGCCGUUCCUCGAAGACACCGCCGCCCGCGUCCGGGGCAACGCCGUGCGUCACUUCCUCAAGACCGGCGGGGGGCGUUCGGUCACGCCGGAGGACGCGCUGGCCGAGAUGCUGAGCGACCCGCGCCCGGGGCACCGCCUCUCGGCGCUGUGGGCGGCGCAGAGCGGCGUCGCGCUGGGCCUGGCCGGGCGCGUGGACGACAUCUCCAAGAACGACCCGGACGUCCAGGUCGUCUCCCGCGCCCAGCGGUGCAGCAAAUACUUCGGGCGGAUCAUCCGGAGCGGGUGGUCCGAGGCGCGUCGGAUGAUCGGAUCGCUCGUUCACAUCGCAUCGUCGACGCCGGCUCCGGCCGGCGAGCCCGCGUGGCUCCUCUGGGCCAUCGGCGCCGGCGUGGUGACCGUGACGGCGGGCUUCGCGUACCUCGGCCGCCUCGCGAUGCGCGACGGCCAGACGGCGAAGGCCCGGCCCGAGCUGUUCAUGUGCGAGGUCGAGCUCAAGCCCGUGAAGAGCGACGCGGAGCUCAUGGACGAGCUCCGCGCCUUCUCCUCGCUCGCGAAGAAGCUCCGCUUGAGCCGAACGCAGCGGAUCAUCCUCCGGCGCGUCGCGCAGGCGUCACGGACGCCCGCCCCGGCGAUGCUCCUGAGCGAGCGGGCGUACGACAGCGCCGUGACCUUCGUGCUCAACGACCGCAAGGUCGCUGAGUACGAUGCGCGCAUGACGCGCGUCCGCUCCAUCCUCAUCAUGGGCCUCCGCGGUGCCGGCAAGACCACCGCGGCCAAGGCCGUCGCGGACGAGAUCGGCUGGGCGUUCGUCGACCUCGACGAGCGGGCCCGCGAAGGGUUCGGGGGGAUCACGGUGACGGAGAUAUUCCGCGAACACGGCGAGCCCGCGUUCCGCGAGGCGGAGACGGCGUCGCUCGCGGACGUGCUGACCGAGGACCGCGUCGUCGUCGCGCUGGGCGGGGGAACACCGACGGCCCCCGGCGCGACGGACCGCAUCCGCGCGGCGCAGGACGCUGGCGAAGCGCUGGUCAUUUAUCUCCGGGCGGAGCACGAGCGGAUCGCCGAGCGGCUGGCGCACGCGGGCAUCGGCGACCGCCCCAAGCUGGUCGAAGGCGACCUGCACGACGAGAUGCGUCUGGUGUUCGAGGCGAGGGACCCGCUCUAUCCCGACGGACGGCGUGCGUGCGAAGAUCACGCGUUGGCUCGGUGA